UGACUGACUGACAGUAGCUGCUCGAUCCACUCAAUCCAACAGCAGGAUCAUCCCACCAAAAUAAGUCAACCCUGGCUUUUGAAUUGGACACUCCGUCGAAUCCCGGGGUCCAGAUCGUCCAGAUCCUUUCCACCCACGGUCUUUGAUUUAUCCCCCCCAUUGGACGAACAUGUGGUAGAUCCAAUUCCCCAACCCUCGGUCGUCAUCAUGAAUUCCUUCAAGGGCUUUAUCAAGAACAUCGCUGACAAGGCCGAAUUGACGUCGUCCACGCCUUCACCCUCGCCUCAACGCCCAUCCGCCCACGGCUCGCCGGAUUGGCCCAGUCCUUUGACCGAAGGCCAAGAAGGCUUCAUUUGUCCCGCCUGUCACAACACGUUCUUCUCCCCUGAUGAUCUCCAGGCCCAUUUCGAGGCCCAGCAUACAUCCGAGGCCUCGUUGAACACGGCCAAACGCACCGAAGGUCGCUUUGGCGACCUCAAAGAUGAGGUCAGCGAUCUCCAACGUACUUUGAAAGAGGAGCAGUUCUACUCGACCGAGCUCAAACGGCAAGUGGAAGCCCUGAACGAGUCCGUUCUCCGGAGUGGACCCGUUCGGGCUCAAGCCCCGGAACCAGUCGAUCAAGAAUGGGGGCCCGAUCACAUUUACGCUCUGCAAGAGGGCAAGCGACUACUCACGGAGGAAGUAUUAAAUCUUCGGCAGCAAUUGUCGGAUUCCCAAUUAACGGCCCGAGAAAAAGAGAAAUUGAUUGAGCGAGCUUCUCAAUUGGCCUCAGAAAAUGUGGAACUUAAAUCCUUCGUGGACGACAUGAAAUCCCAAAAAUCCGCUUGGGAAGAUCGCUUGGCGCUUAUGGAAAAAGAGUUGAGCAACCGCAACUCAGUGGACGACGCCCAUGUUCUCCAAUUGGAGCUUAUUCAAGUCCAAAAAAUGAUGGAUGAAAUGAAUCGGGAAAAAGAUAAAGAGAUUGACAGACUUCAAGCCGAAUUGAACCUGGUCCAAUCGUCGCAUCAAGGCUUGACCGACCAACGGGUUCAAGAACUGCAAAAUGAGUUAGAAAAUACCAAAAAUGUGGAGCUGGUCGAUCUUCGAUCCAAAUUAAAUGACCAAUUGCAUGUUAUCGAAGAGCUUCAGACUCGAUUGGGCCAAAGCCAGACUGAAGCACUCGACAAUAGCAGUGAAUUAGAGACCUUACGAGAUCAACUGAAGGCAACAGAAACGCAAAUGAGUUACUUGACCAAUACUCAGCAAAGUGAUGCGGAAAAACUAGGUCUGGAAAUGCAACGUUUACAGGAAAAGUUCUCAACCGAGCAAGGCAAAGCCAGUGAUUUGAGCCAGGAACUCUCUGUCCUCCAAACCCAUUAUGACGAUCAGUGUCAGAUCAAUGACGAACUCAGAGGUCAAGUGCUGGAGCAGAAACGUCAGAUCUCAGAUUAUCAGAGGAACAUGGAAAUCAGGCAAGAGGACAUCGGCCGGUUCCAAUCAGAGCUCGAUAUCCUGAAAAAUGGGCUUGAGAAGAUGAGUUCUGAAAAAGAAGACCUUCUGCUCAAAAUCGAGGCUGGAGAGGGUGUGAACACCGCUUUGCAGCAAUUGAAAGAGGAAAAUAUCUCCUUGACAAAUCAAGUCAAGUCUCAAGAGUCCAAUCACAAGAAAUUGAUGGAAGAAUCAGCGAAAAAGGUAGAAACUUUGCACACCCAGUUGAGUGAGAGCACAAAGGCCACGGCAAUGGCCCAAGAAAAGCUCUCGAAAUUAGAACAAAAUCUGGAUGAAAGAACCGUCAAGUUAGAGCACUUGCAAAAGUCCACCGCCAAACUCGAGACAGAUCUUCAAAGCAAGAGUGAGCUGUUGCAUGCCAGUGAGACCGCCAAAAGCGCCCAAAGACAGGACCUCGAGGGACAAGCGAGGCGGAUUCAGGCCUCGUUGACAGAUAAAACCGCGGAAUGUGAGCGACUGGCGAAGAAAGUGGAAACUUUGGAAAGUACCGCGACGUCGGAACGCUCAAGAUUGGAGGAAGCCCUUGAGGCCAUCGAACGUGAUAAGGACGAAGCAAUCUCAUCCCUGACGAAUAAGUACCAAGCACUCGAGGCCAAAGCUCGAGAACAGGAAUCCACCUUGAGCGAAGCUCAACGGAAUGCCAAAAUCCUGCAAGACCAACUGAAGGACGCGAAGUCGGCCAAAGCCGGAAUUGAAAGCCAACAACAAGAGAUGAAAGCCCGGGUUCAAAGCAUUCAAAUGGACAAGGCCGAGAUUGAAGCCGAGAAUCAAGCUUUGAAGGUGUCUCUGGCGGAAGCCAAGCAAGUGAGCGAGGCUUUACAAUCCACGGAGAAAGAGCGAAUUGUGGCUAUGCAAGAUCUGCAAACCCAACUGGAGACUGCCGUCCAAAAGGAGAACCAAGCCAAGGCAACCAUCAAGGACCUCAAAGACAAGGAGCAAGAUCUGUUGUCCACCCUGGAUGACCAAGUGGCCAUGUUAUCGAGUCUGAAGCUCGAGGCCGCUUCCAAAGUGGCUGCAAUGAGCACCGAACUCGAGACCUCGAACCAUGCCAAGGCCCAAUUAGAGGAGGACAUCGCGCGAUCAAAACGCGAUCUGAACGCGAUGCGCCUGGAGGUCGAUGCCGGCGAGACGAAGAUCUGUAAAUUGCAAAGUCUCUUGGAACAGGAAAAGUUGGAGAGCCACGGGAAGAUUUCCGACCUGAGCAAGGCCAAGGAACUUCUGUUAAGUGCCAAGGUCGAGCUCCAAAGUCGGUUGGAGGAUGCCCAAAAUGAGAUGGCUGCCAAAGAAAACAAGCUGGUUCAGAUUGGCACUGAUUUCGAAAGCCAGCGAGCUGUUCUCGAGCACAAAUCUCUGGAGCUUCAGCGCCAAAUGGAAAGCCAGAGGCAAGACCACAUCCAGGCCUUGGAAGCCCUCCAAGAGGAGAACGCAAAGUUACACGAUGAGAUUUCCCGUCAAAUAACUCAACUGGAGGAAGGGCGCGAAAAAUUAAAGUCGGAAAAGGGCCACUCUUUGGAGCUGAAUGCCCAACUAGAUGCGGCUCUGAGUGCCAAAUUGGAAAUGGAGGCCCAAUUGGGAUCGGCCUCGGAUGAGCGGAAAUCGUUGUUGGAACGAUGUCUGCUGGCCGAAAACGAAUUGGAGCGAUCCCGAGGGACCGUACUGGAACUUCGACGCAAACUUGACGACUCUCAGGCCGCUUUGCACGAGCUGGGCAGAGAAAAUCAGUCCAUACAGGUGGAACUUGCUAAGCAAACGGGCCGGAAAUGGGCCGACGACUCGGAAGUGACCCAAUGCCAAGGUUGCUCGGGUCCAUUCACCCUCACCAAUCGCAAGCACCACUGCCGAAAUUGUGGUCAGAUUUUCUGCGCCGAAUGCUCGGCCAAACAGGCGCCCAUGGCCAACUACAAGAAACCUCAGCGAGUCUGUGAUCAGUGUCAUUCUGAGUUACAAUGACAGGGAGCCAACCCCACCCCCUUCUCGACUCAUUUGGGUGGUGCGGAGAGCCAAAAAGGGUUGGGAGGGAGACAUGGGUGGAGCCAAGGAGAUGGAGAACAAAUCCAGUCCAACGACGACCACGUGCAUUCCUUGUGGAAGGAGCAGGUUCAUUGAUGAACUCAACUGCUUGUAAAAGGUCCGAUUCCCCUUUUUCAGAUUCCCUUAUUUAUGACCCCCUUGUUAUCUGUUUUACCCGGAAGAGUAUGUAACCACCAUUCCUAGCUAAUUACAAUAUAUCAUUGCAAUUAACCCAAAAACUACCCGUCAGUACGUGGGGGAGUUGGAGAUGAUGAUCCGUUCAAAGAGG